UGAGUCAAUAGGUUUGUCAGUCAGGGGUCAGAGUCUACAUGGUGAGGUUUGGAACCACUAACCCGGUUGUACACUUAUCACCAUGGUGGACCUGCGUAGUGGGAAGAGCACUAGCCCCUAUACCGCUGAGCAGCAAGGAAAGAUGGCCGCCGUAGCCAAAGAGAAUAGGCAGAGGAAAGAGCGUGAGAAGCAGGCGAAGCUAAAGGCUAUCGCAGACGAGCGGGCGGCGAAGCUAAAGGAAGUGGAGGAGGAGAUGAUGAAGAAGGAGAAGGCUGUUGAAGAAGAAGCGGCAGCAGAAGAGGCAAAAGAAAUGAUGAGGAUUGAAAGCGGAGAAGGAAGUAGUGGCACGAAGGAGGACACAGACGCGGAGAUUGAAAAGAAGAUCGGCGAGUGGGUUGCUAACUUAUCGUUGGGGGAAGACGAAGAGGCGGAGUCAUACGUGACUGAGGAUGAGAAGGCCGCAUUGGCCGCUGAGCUAGCAACCAUGAAGGAUCCUAUGGAGCGAAGAAAGCGGGAAGACGAGCAAAAGUUGCAGUGGAAGCUGAGGAUGAAGAGGGAGAAGAGGAGGAGGAGAGAAGAGGUAAACAAGAUGACCGCAGCAGUGGCAAAAGUGCAGGAGUGUAGAGCGGAGGUAUUGGCCCAGCCAGAUGAUAAGGCCAAAUGGGACAAAGUACUGGGCUACCUAGAGGUGUUGAGUAAGGCCUGGAUGGAGGAGCGCCAGGCUAGUUGGAGUCAGGAUGUAGCAUUGAGUGCCAUGCGGUCAGGAUUUAGGGAGUUUGCGCGCGAGAUCGUCACCCACAUUGGGGGCAAAGUGAAACAGUUGAGGGACAACGUAGGGAAGUAUUGCGAAGGCGCCAUUGAGGGUGCCAAAGCCAAAGCUGCUGCAGAGGGCGAAGGUAGACCCCGCAAAGAGUCUGUAAAGCUCAAGUUUCCAGACGCAUACGGGGGAAAGAAGGAGGAAAACUUUGACAACUGGGAGGCCAGUGUCAACAGUUAUAUCUAUUUGCAGCAUAUCCUAACUGAGGAGCAAGUCCUCGUGGCCUUCCAGGCCCUCAAAGAUGAAGCGGCUAGCUUCGCCAGGUCUCUUGCGCGUACAGCCGGUUGUGAAAACAACCUGGUUGCAUAUUCCAAAGUCACUCCUCUUUCCCAAUUCCUCAAGCUCCUCAAGGAGCGGUUCGCUGACCCAACGCGAGGCAUUAGAGCCUCUGAUAAGCUCCUAACGAUCCACUCCCGGCAGUGGAGGAGUGCCAAGGCACUUAAGGGUACUAUGGACGACUUGGUAGCCGUCCCGGACCACGGGGUCACCGAGCCCCAGUUGGUCGAGUUGUUUUAUCGUGUCAUCCCAGAGCCCCUACGCGGGCAUUUCUUUGACAAGUCUCAGCAGGCCGACAUCACAUAUGAUCAAUUGAGUAGGGAGGUCGUCCUGUAUGAGUCAAAGUCUAUGCCAGUUACCACUUUCUGGCAYAAGGACCUGGAGAAGGGGAAGAAGUGGAAGAAUCGUACUAUCUCAGGCCAAGUAARGGCCAAGGAUCACAUGAUCCUGACGUUAGAGGAAGGUGGUACUGAUGAGGUCCCRUAUGAUCAGAUUGAGUGGGGCCUUGAAGAUGAUGGCAGUAGUGAGGGGCAGGGGAGGUCUUACGCUGUUGUCGCGGCUGGAGGGAGGUCGCAAGGAGGAGGAGGAGGCCAAGGCCAAAGGGGCCAGGCCAUGGGAGGCCGAGGACCGGGCGCACAGGGGGUUGGCGGACAGGGAAACCGCCAAGCGGAAGGUAGGGGUCAAGGUCCCCCGUUAAAUCGCCAGGGUAAUCGGUCCCCACAACGAAGAGGUGGAAGAGCACCUCAAGGAGGUUGGCACCCAGGCUUGCCACAGGGCAGGCCCUGGGAAGACUUGGGCCACGUGUUGGACGGAGAUGGCAUUAAGCUAGAGGACAGCAAGAUCGCGGCGAUCAGAGAUUGGCCGACGCCCCGCACAUUGACAGAGUUGCGGUCGUUCCUAGGCUUAGCUAACUACUAUAGGAAGUUCRUAAGGAACUUCUCUACUAUCGCCGCUCCCUUGCGCAGGUUGCUGAAGAAAGAGGCAAUCURGCAAUGGGACAAAGACUGUACGUCUGCGCUCAAGAAGUUAAAGCGCGCGUUAACAGAAUAUCCUGUCCUCAAAGUAGCAGAUCCGUCCUUGCCAUUUGUGGUUACCACGGACGCAAGUCAGUAUGGGAUAGGUGUCGUGUUGCAGCAAGACGACGGAAAUGGCUAUAGACCCGUAGAGUUCAUGUCAGCGAGGAUGCCCUGUGAGAAGGUCGCUACCUCCACGUACGAGAGAGAACUCUACGCUCUCAGGCAGGCUUUGGACCAUUGGAAGCACUAUCUGCUUGGGAGGCACUUCAAAGUGUAUUCCGACCACGAGACACUUUGUUGGUUAAAGACGCAGGCCAAGAUGACACCUAAGUUGACUAGGUGGGCCGCAGAGAUAGACCAAUUCGACUUUGAGCUCAAACCAGUGAAGGGCAAGUACAACGUAGUUGCGGAUGCUCUGAGUAGGAGACCAGACUACUUUGGAGCCUUAGUAUACUAUCUAGAUAUAGGGAGAGACCUGCAGGAGAAAGUGAGACGAGCGUAUACGCAGGACCCUAUCUAUAGUGACCUCCUAAAGAGAGUUAGAGAGGCUCCAGAGACCGAACCAGAUUACCGCACUACAGACGGGUUGCUGUUUGAGAAGACUAAUAUGUUUGAUCGCCUGUGCAUUCCCAACAGCGAAGAGAUUCGUAGUCUGAUUCUAGGGGAAUGCCACGAUACUGAAGGGCAUUUCGGUUGGCAAAAGACAUUAGCCAACCUGAUGCGUGUGUAUACGUGGUGAGGGAUGAAGAAUGACUGCAUAGAGUAUGUCCGCAGUUGUAAAGUGUGCCAGAGGAAUAAGUCUACUACACGCGCGCCCCUAGGUCCU